GUCUAGGUGGUGAUCCCGGAAGCGGACGUCUUCGGCGAUCGGGGAGGGGGAUUGGGAUUCCCCCGUCUCCCGGGUUCGUGAGUGCUGCAGUUUGGCCUGGCUGUGAGCGUGUGCCUGGGCGCUGUCCUCGGAGCCUCUCGGGAGGUGGGCCUUGGGUGUCUGGUGCCUCCCGGCAGGCCGCGAAGUCCCGCCCCGAAGCAGGCUACCUUGGGGCUUCAGCUGUGCUAGCUUGUCUGCCCUGUGUGUGUGGCAAUUGAUGGGGAUAAUUUCCUUCUCCAGAGGAAUUACUUCCCUAUAUGAUGGCAGUAAAGUGGCAUUUAAAUGAUGGUGGCAUGACGAUGCUUUUCUAAUGAUGGUGGCAUGACGAUACUUUUCUAAUGAUGGAGGAAACUGAUCGGGAAGCAGUAGCAACAGCUGUUCAAAGAGUAGCUGGAAUGCUUCAAAGACCUGACCAACUAGAUAAAGUGGAACAGUAUCGUAGAAGGGAGGCUCGUAAAAAAGCCUCAGUGGAGGCUAGACUGAAGGCUGCAAUCCAGUCACAAUUAGAUGGUGUUCGGACUGGUUUGAGCCAGCUUCAUAAUGCAUUAAAUGAUGUAAAAGAUAUACAGCAAUCUCUAGCAGAUGUCAGUAAAGACUGGAGACAGAGCAUCAACACUAUUGAAAAUCUUAAGGAUGUGAAAGAUGCAGUAGUACAGCAUAGCCAGCUGGCUGCUGCUGUAGAAAAUCUCAAAAAUAUUUUUUCUGUACCAGAGAUUGUCAGAGAAACUCAAGACUUAAUUGAACAAGGAGAAUUUUUGCAAGCCCAUCGAAAGUUGAUGGACCUUGAAUGUUCUCGUGAUGGCUUGAUGUAUGAGCAGUACCGAAUGGAUAGCAAGAAUACUCAUGACAUGACUCUCAUCAAACUUUAUUUUGGGGACAUGGAGAAACUUUCUGAGGAGUUAGGCAAGCAGCUUUGGAUGGUUUUGCAAAGGUCCUUAGUUACUGUUCGCCGAGAUCCUACCUUGCUUGUUUCAGUUGUAAGGAUAAUUGAAAGAGAAGAAAAAAUUGAUAGGCGUAUGCUUGAUCGGAAAAAGCAAACUGGAUUCAUUCCCAGUGGGAGACCCAAAAAGUGGAAAGAAAAAAUGUUUAACAUAUUGGACAGAACUGUGACAACUAGAAUUGAGGGUACCCAAGCAGAUACCAGAGAAUCUGAUAAAAUGUGGCUUGUUCGUCACUUGGAAAUUAUACGGAAAUAUGUUCUUGAUGAUUUACUAGUUGCAAAAAACUUAAUGGUUCAGUGUUUUCCUCCUCAUUAUGAUAUUUUCAAAAAACUUUUAACUAUGUACCAUCAGGCUUUGUCCACGCGCAUGCAGGAGCUUGCUUCAGAAGACUUAGAAGCAAAUGAAAUUGUUAGCCUCUUAACCUGGGUUUUGAAUACUUAUACAAGUGCAGAAAUGAUGGGAAAUUUGGAACUGGCCCCAGAAGUGGAUAUAAAUACCUUGCAGCCCUUAAUUUCACAAAAUGUGGUUUCUGACCUGCUCGACACAUAUAUGUCAACGCUUACAUCAAACAUUAUUGCCUGGUUACGAAAAGCACUAGAGACUGAUAAGAAAGACUGGAUUAAAGAAACUGAACCUGAAGCUGAUCAAGAUGGUUUCUAUCAGACUACACUCCCUGCUAUUGUUUUCCAGAUGUUUGAACAGAAUCUUCAAGUUGCUGCACAGAUAAGCGAAGAUUUGAAAACCAAAGUGCUACUUUUAUGUCUUCAGCAAAUGAAUUCUUUCUUGAGUAGAUAUAAAGAUGAGGCACAAUUAUAUAAAGAAGAGCACCUAAGAAAUCGGCAACAUCCACACUGCUAUGUUCAAUAUAUGAUUGCAGUCAUCAACAAUUGCCAGACCUUUAAAGAGUCAAUAGUCAGCUUAAAAAGGAAGUAUUUGAAAAAUGAAACAGAUGAGGGAGUCUCAGUGUGCCAACCUAGCAUGGAUCUGAUGUUAGAUACCAUUGCAAAGGAUGGUUGUAGUAGCCUGCUAGAUGAAGUCUUCCUGGAUCUGGAGCCACAUCUCAGUGACUUGCUGACAAAGAAAUGGUUGAUGGGAUCAAAUGCUGUGGAUACAAUUUGUGUUACUGUGGAAGAUUAUUUUAAUGACUUUGCUAAAAUUAAAAAGCCCUAUAAGAAGAAAAUGACAUUUGAAGCUCACCGAAGGGUGGUAGUAGAGUACAUCAGAGCCAUCAUGCAGAAGCGAAUCUCUUUCAAGAAUGCUGAGGAACGCAAAGAGGGUGGAGAAAGGAUGAUCAAAGAAGCAGAGCAAUUCAGAUUCUUGUUUAGAAAACUUGCUUCUGGAUUUGGAGAGGAUUCAUAUGGACACUGUGAUUGCAUUGUAGCCCUUGCGGAAGUUAUUAAGCUGACUGAUCCUUCGCUACUUUAUCUUGAAAUUUCCACUCUAGUCAGUAAAUAUCCAGAUAUCAGAGAUGAUCACAUUGUAGCUUUGCUGACAGUGAGAGGAGAUACUAGCAGAGAGAUGAAACAAACUAUUAUUGAAACUCUGGAACAAGGUCCAACUCAAAUAAAUCCAAAUUAUGUGCCAAUUUUUAAAGACAUUAUCGUUCCUUCACUGAAUGUGACUAAACUUCUUAAGUAACUAACCAGGCAGCCUCUAGUUUCUGUAUAAUUUUUUUCUUGCGGUUCACCAUCAGCAUCUUUAGAAAUGAUUAAGUUAAGUGUGACUCAUACUAAUUCAGACAUAAUUUUGUAAAUGCUUGCUCUAGGGCUGACAAGGAUUGUUUUAGGCUUAUCUGACCCCAAAGAGUAUUGCUAGUUUGGCCAUUUGAAGAAUGAGGCAUUCUGAUGGCCAGUGUGCAUUGUAUCAAACUAGCAACAAUUGUAUUUGCUCAAAUCCACUUUGGUGAUGAAUGUACUUUGUAAAGUUGUUCAAAAUUCAGAAAUGUUUAUCAGGUGUCUUUAGUGUCUAAUAAAAUGAUUUUAAAAGGUUUUCAGAAGUAAUGAAAUGUAUAGAUUCUGAAUUCGUUAAUUUUCACUACUUAUAAAGCACUUCUGUUUAAUUAAAAGUUUGAUGAACACCCUGUUUUGUACAUGUGCUUCUUGAUUAAACAUUUUCAAAUACUUGCUGUGGCCUUGUUUAAAAAAACCCUACAAAACCUUCUCAGUUGAAAAAUGAAUGUGAUGAUACUUUAUUGUGAUAUCUUCAUAAGGCUUUUAGACACUCAUCAUAAAGUAAUAUUCUCUCCUCUAAUUUAUUACUGUACCAAAUACAGCUAGUUUUAAUUCAUUUUUAUGUAGCUUCUCAAUCUUAUUUCUCUUUGAAAAAUUCACAUCAGGAUAUAUGAGUGGAAACACCAGUAGUUAAUCAUUUUAAGCUAGAGUGAGUUAAGUUACGAUUAUUUACUAAAAACUGAUUUUUCUUACUCCAGACUAACUUUCUUUCUUGGCUUCAAUUUUUUUUAUUUAUUUAUUUAAUAGCCUUUUAUUUACAGGUUAUAUAUAUGGGUAACUUUACAGCAUUAACAAUUUUGGCUUCAUUUUCGUUGGUGAAAUUUCUACAAAAAAUAGUGAUAGGGAAAAUCAGCCAAGAUGACAGUAAGAGAAACUAAUAUGAUCUAGUUUCCCUAAUAAUUAUUGCAAUACUAAUUCAAGAAGAGCCUUGAACUGAGCAGUGUUUGGGAAAUGUAAAGAGAAGCCAUAGUGGGUCAUUUUUCUAGCCCAAUAUCAUAAAUUUGACCUAUAGGUCAAGUGACAGGACAAGAACUGUGGAAUGAGUGUGGACUGAAAACUUAGACCCAACUUCUCAGCCAGUAGUUCCUGGCAUUUCCCAGAAGGGCUGAGAACUUGGGUUCAGCACCCAGAUAUCAUCAAGCAUGGAUUAUCUGGAUCUCAUUCUUACACCCUGGAACUCUUAGGCCAGCAACACCAGAUUGCCCAGAGAAUAUUCCUGGAAAAAUGACUGAAUGACAACCAAAAUAAAGAGCUGGUCCAAGAAUGCCCAAGACUUGGAAGAGAACAAGUCCAAAACCCAAUGAAAGCCUCAAAAGCAGUUUGCCCAUGAGAUCAGUGAGAAUUCCUAGAAAAAAUGGUGCAAGAGUUAAGUAAAAUGAAAUCAUACUGGAAGAAAGAACUGAAGAAAGAUAAAUAUGGAAGAGAAACUUGGAAAGAAUCAACAAGUUCACUAAAAAUUAAAAUAUACCAAACAAAUUAAUGACUUCAUGAGAUGAGAUAUUAAAGCAGCAAAAAACUGAAGAAUAGAAGAAAAUGUAAGAUGUUAAAAAAAAAAUCAACAGACUAGGAAAACAUCAAGGAGAUAAAAUUUGAAAAUUAUUGGACUACUUGAGAGCUGAUAUCCCCCAAACAUCAUUUUUCAAGAUAGUAUAAAACUGUCCAGAUCUCUUGGAACAAAA